AUGGCUGAGAGAGGCUGUCUGUGGCCCACUCUCCGGAGUGCUAUGACUCGUGGGUGCUCCAGCCUUCUCCCUUUCCCUCUUCUUCUGCUCCUGAUGCUUCCUGGGGCUUCCUGGCAGGCUCCCCGUUUUCACCAGCCUGUGCAGGUACAGUGCCUGGAGUCCAUUAUGGUGGUCACUGUUCAAAGAGAUCUGUUUGGCACUGGGAAGCUGGUCAAAGCAAUGGACCUCAGCCUGGGUGCAGAGGGCUGCAAGCCUGCAACUUUGCCAGAAGAUGCCCAAGUGAUCACCUUUGAGGUUGGCCUCCAUAAGUGUGGCAAUGUUGUGCAGGUAACUCCAGAUGGACUGAUAUACAGCACAAGCUUGUUCUACCGCCCACGCCCAGUUGGAAAUUUUACCAUCUUAAGGACUAAUCAGGCAGAAGUUCCCAUUGAAUGUCACUAUCCUAGGUGGAGCAAUGUAAGUAGCAGAGCUAUCCAGCCUACGUGGGUGCCCUUCAGGUCCACCAUAACUUCAGAAAACAAGUUUAACUUUUCUCUCCACCUGAUGAAUGAUGACUGGACAGCAGAGAGUACCUCGGCUGAGUUCCACCUGGGUGACACGGCCCACCUUCAGGCUGAAGUCCACAAAGGUAACCACAUGGACCUGAAGCUCUUUGUUGACAGCUGUGUGGCCACACUGAGCCCAGACAAGAACUCGGAGCCCCGUUAUGGAAUCAUGGAUUACCACGGGUGUCUGGUAGAUGGUCUUUCUGACUCUUCUUCAGCCUUCAGAGCCCCCCGGCCUAAGCCAGACACUCUCCAGUUCACAGUGGAUGUGUUCCACUUUGUCAAUGAUUCUCGGAAACUGAUAUAUAUUACAUGUCACCUGAGGGUCACUGCUGAAGACCAAGCCCCAGACCAAAUCAACAAGGCCUGUUCCUUCAACAAGUCUACUAAUAGCUGGUUUCCAGUAGAAGGACCUCCUGACAUCUGCAGAUGCUGCAACACUAAAGACUGUGGAAACCCAAACCAGUCCAGGAGACUACUUCCUAUCUCUGCAAAGCUGUUCCAACAGCAACAAAUGAGAGAAGCAGACAUCACAGUUGGGCCUGUGUUCUUGGCAAGGAAUGUCAGUCGCCACACCCCAUGGGAGCCCAACCCGGAUUUCGUGGAAAAGUACGCAGCCCUAAGCCUGGGCCUGUCUCUGAUUGCUGUCUUGGUUUUUACCUUAGUCAUCAUGGCCUUGAUUCUCCUCUGUAGGAAGCACAAUGGUGCUUCUUGA